UUGGGACACGCUUCUGUCAACUCAGACAGGUUCUGCUUUCUAUUCUACCUCGAUUGUUUCACUUCUAUCAAUAUGAGUCCGGCUUCAGAUAAAGGAAGCGUGGGUGGCUAUGAGCCCAAACAUGUUGAGCGGGCGUCUCAAAGCGGCGAUGCUGCUGAUCUCACAGCUUUGGGCUACAAGCCUGAACUUCAAAGGAAUCGUUCCAUGUUUACUCUGCUCUUCCAAUCGCUAGCAAUUGCUGCCAUCCCUUAUGGUUUCGGUGCACCUCUCAUCAAUGCAGUCUAUGGCGGUGGUCAACUGGCCAUGUUUCUUGGUUGGAUCGUCGUAUGUAUCCUCGACGAAUGCAUCGCUAUAUCCCUUGGCGAACUCGCUGCCCGAUGGCCCACGUCCGCAGGUCCCUACUACUGGUCCUUCCAAAUCGCCUCACCGAAAUACAGAACUGUCCUCUCAUUUAUAACAGGAUGGACAUGGCUCGUUGGUAACUGGACCAUCACGCUAUCCGUUAACUUUGGCUUCGCUUCGCUACUCGCUGGUGGUAUUAGCAUCUUCCUUCCCGAAUACGAUUGGCAACCAUGGAAGCUUGUACUCAUCUUUUACGGUCUCUGUGUCUUUACCUGGGUAAUUGUCGCUUUUGGAAACAAGUUCCUUCCAACAGUUGAUACGUUUUGUGCUGCCUUCACGGCUAUUACUAUCUUUAUUGUCUGUGUCUACCUAUCGACUGAGGCAAAGGACGGGAGACACUCGCCGAGUUACACGCUUGGACACUUUGAUCCAAACUUGUCAGGAUGGGGGAAAUUUGGGUUCUGGGUUGGCGCUUUGCCUUCGGCUUAUACGUUCUCUGCUAUCGGUAUGAUCACAGCUAUGGCUGAGGAAUGCGGCGAUGUCACCGUGAAACUUCCUAGAGCGAUGUCGCUUUGCGUACCGGUUGGUUGCAUUGCAGGAUUAUUCUUUAUCAUCCCCAUUUGCGCCACACUUCCUCCUCUAGAAAUCCUCCUCGAAGCACCACUCGGACAAGUCUUGCCCGUUAUCUUCUACCGAGUCACGGGUAGCAAAGCCGGCGCCAUGGCCCUUGUAGCUCUGGUUCUCAUCGUGACACUCUUCUGCUCCAUCUCUAUUACGGUCGCCGCCUCUCGAACAACAUGGGCUUUCGCACGUGAUAGAGCCAUUCCUCUCUCCAGAGUGUGGUCCAAGGUUGACAAGCGACAUGGCACACCUAUCAUGGCUCUCACCCUGACCACGAUUAUUGAAAUGCUUCUCGGUCUCAUCUAUCUUGGUUCAAGCUCUGCAUUUAACGCCUUUAUCGCAGUCGGUGUCAUUGGUCUUGCAGCCUCAUACGCAAUUCCUAUUUUCCUCUCCAUGCUUACCCGCCGUGCUGGUGUCAACACGGCCCCUUGGACCUUUGGAAAUAAAUUCGGGUGGAUUAUCAAUAUUCUAGCUGUGGCAUGGAUCUGCUUCGAGAUGUUUCUUUUUACCCUACCCGUUGCAAUCCCCGUUAAUGCUGUUACUAUGAACUAUGCUGUUGUUGUCUUUUUCGGCUUCAUGGCCAUCUCGGCGGUUUGGUACGUUGUACAUGCUAGACACGUGUACAAGGGACCUCCUGAGUCUGAUGGGCUGACUAAGUAG